AUGAGGCUUAAGCUAUGUAUAUUUAUGAUGCAGGAAAAGAAAAUGUGGAGGUUGAAGAUAGGUGAUGGAGGGAAGAAUCCACACAUAUUCAGCACAAAUAAUUUCGUUGGGAGGCAAACAUGGGAGUUUGAUCCUGAAGCAGGCAGUGGUGAAGAACGUGCUCAGGUCGAAGCAGCUCGUCAAAACUUCUAUCAGAAUCGCUUUCAGGUCAAGGCAUGUCCUGAUCGACUCUGGCGCUUUCAGGUACUUGUUUCUUACCCUUAA